ACCCCGUGAAUAUAUUGAUAAAAUAACGUUACUGUGCUUUUAGUCACAAAAAAAAGUAGUGCGGGAAGUAACCUUGAAUCUUGGCUUGCCAUUCAUCUAAAUACCGCCCUCAGUUUGACUGUGAAUUUUGCCGUGUGUGGUUUGUUGUAAGCGGUUGUGAAUUUACGCGCCAAAAUAACCUCAAAUUAUUCGAUUUACUAAGAGGAUCACUAUGUCGUACAAGAAGUACUCUGAAGAUGUAAUCAAAUUAGCCAUACAAGAAGUAAGGGAAGGAAAUUCGAUAAAAUCAACGGCCAAGAAACAUAAUAUAUCACGUCCCAUACUUCAACGGAGGUUAAGGACAGAUGUUUUUGUGGCAACACGCAUGGGUCCCCCCACUGUUUUUUCUCUCGAUCAGGAGCUAGUUUUUGUUCGCUGGAUCAAGGAGAUGGCUAACAAAGGUUUCCCAGUGACAAAAGACACAUUUAUGUUUAGCGUUGCUAAAACUGCAAAAGAAUUAAAUAUCAUUUUUGGAGAUGGAAGCAGUGACCCUGGAAGGAAGUGGUAUGAAGGGUUUAUGAAGCGCCACCCUGACGUUUCCACUCGUACCAGUCAAAACUUAACAGUUCAGAGACGAGCAGCAACUCAGGCAGAAAUAGAAAAAUGGUUUCAGGAGGUUCAACAAUAUGUAAGUGACAAUAAUUUGAGAGAAGCAUUGGAAGAUCCAAAAAGAGUUUUCAAUUGUGACGAAACUGCAUUUUAUCUCAAUCCGAAGCCUGGAAAGGUUCUGGCCGCAAAGGGCUCUAAAUCUGUAUACACGGCAUCCGGUGGCGAUGAAAAAUUAAAUUUAACUGUGCUCCUUACAGCCAACGCAGCUGGAGAACUUGCUCCACCGAUGAUUGUGUAUAGGUAUGUAAGAUUACCGCAAUUAAUCGUUUCAGCCAUGCCCCCCGAAUGA